CCCCCCCAUUAAAACAAAAAACUGUGUGCUUGUGUUAUCCGAGGUUCCACGAUGACGCAGAGUUCGGAGAAUUCCUGACUCAAAUAGGACCUCAACCCUCGAGGCACAAGGUCAAGACCGACCCGCGCGUGCGUGCAAAGCUUGAACGCACCAGACGACGUAUGUACAGCGUGGACCGAAACUUCCUGGUUAGGGAAAAUCGCCAGUUCAUCAAAGACACAAUGAAGAACGUGUCUCGCAUUGAGAAGGCAAUGGCCUCGUCAGAGAAGCUGUCCCGCACCACGUCUGGCAACAACCCGCCUCCGUAUGUCCCUGUUGUCAUGCCAGGCCGCCCACUGGGCCGUGCCACGUCACAACCCGGACGCCGAGAUAGACUGCCCACCAGUAGUUCUACCUCCAGGCGUCAUUUCUCCGAGCCACUGCUGUUUGCGAACAAGUCGGGCACCCCAAAGGAAAGACAAUUUCUGAAUGGAGUUUCCUCCCCCGUGUUGCGUCACCGGAAACUCUUGCUGGAUCGGUACAAGCAGGAAGAG